AGUCAGCGUGGCUUGAUGCUCAGCCAAUAAGCGCGCGCGCAUGAUGCGGAAGGGGUGGAGCUUACGCCAUGGUAAUUCACAUCUGUGUGAAGUGUACGAGUAGCUAGAGCGGAGCUGGUGUCUACUCGGCAUAAUGACCAAGCUGGGUUUCCUACGUUUGUCCUAUGAGAAGCAGGACACGCUGUUGAAGCUGCUCAUCCUGUCUAUGGCUGCAGUUCUCUCAUUUUCUACCCGACUUUUUUCCGUGCUGAGAUUUGAAAGUGUCAUCCAUGAGUUCGACCCGUAUUUCAACUACAGGACCACCCGUUUUCUGGCUGAAGAAGGAUUUUACAAAUUUCACAACUGGUUUGAUGACAGGGCAUGGUAUCCUCUGGGAAGAAUCAUAGGCGGCACCAUUUAUCCAGGACUCAUGGUCACUUCUGCUGUGCUGUACCACGUCCUCCAUUUUUUCCACGUCACCAUUAACAUCCGAAAUGUCUGUGUUUUUCUGGCGCCCCUUUUCUCCUCCUUUACUGUCGUCGUCACUUAUCACCUCACCAAAGAGUUGAAGGAUGCAGGUGCUGGUCUGUUGGCGGCUGCCAUGAUUGCCGUGGUGCCCGGCUAUAUUUCCCGCUCUGUCGCUGGUUCCUAUGAUAAUGAAGGUAUUGCCAUUUUCUGCAUGUUGUUGACUUACUACAUGUGGAUCAAAGCCGUCAAGACAGGAUCAGUGUACUGGUCAUCCAUGUGUGGGCUGGCAUACUUCUACAUGGUUUCCUCCUGGGGUGGCUAUGUGUUCCUGAUCAACCUGAUUCCCCUCCACGUCCUGGUUCUGAUGCUCACAGGCCGGUUUUCCCACCGAAUAUAUGUAGCUUACUGCACAGUUUACUGCCUGGGCACCAUCCUCUCUAUGCAGAUUUCUUUUGUUGGAUUCCAGCCGGUGCAGUCAUCGGAGCACAUGGCAGCCUUUGGCGUGUUCGGCCUUUGCCAAAUCCACGCGUUUGUGGAUUAUCUGCGCAGCAAACUCAACACCCAUCAGUUUGAGGUGCUUUUUAAAAGCGUCAUCUCACUGGUAGGCAUCGUCCUGCUGUCUGCGGGUGCUGUUCUCAUGGUGACCGGUAAAAUCUCUCCAUGGACCGGUCGUUUCUACUCGUUGUUGGACCCCUCUUAUGCCAAAAACAACAUUCCUAUCAUUGCUUCUGUCUCAGAGCACCAGCCCACAACCUGGUCCUCUUACUAUUUUGACCUUCAGCUGCUUGUCUUCAUGUUCCCUGUUGGACUUUACUACUGCUUUAACAACCUGUCUGAUGCCAGGAUCUUCAUCAUCAUGUAUGGAGUCACCAGCAUGUACUUCUCAGCUGUCAUGGUGCGUCUGAUGCUGGUCCUUGCGCCCGUCAUGUGCAUCCUGUCAGGGAUAGGUGUGUCUCAGGUCCUGACGACGUACAUGAAGAACUUGGAUGUCAGCCGACCCGACAGGAAAUCAAAGAAACAACUGGAUUCUACCUACCCCAUCAAAAACGAGGUUGCCAGUGGGAUGAUUCUGGUCAUGGCUUUCUUCCUCAUCACAUAUACCUUCCACUCUACCUGGGUGACCAGUGAAGCCUACUCUUCACCUUCAAUUGUCCUGUCUGCCCGUGGAGGUGAUGGUAGUCGCAUCAUCUUCGAUGACUUCAGAGAGGCCUACUACUGGCUCCGCCACAACACUCCUGAGGAUGCCAAAGUCAUGUCAUGGUGGGAUUACGGCUAUCAGAUAACAGCCAUGGCAAAUCGAACUAUUCUAGUGGACAACAACACAUGGAACAACACGCAUAUCUCUAGAGUUGGACAGGCCAUGGCAUCAACGGAGGAGAGAGCCUAUGAGAUCAUGAGGGAGCUGGAUGUCAGUUAUGUUCUAGUCAUCUUUGGAGGACUCACUGGCUACUCUUCAGAUGAUAUCAACAAGUUUCUGUGGAUGGUCCGCAUUGGAGGAAGCACAGAGACGGGCAAACAUAUCAAAGAACAUGACUACUACACUCCCACUGGAGAGUUCAGAGUAGAUCGUGAAGGCUCACCUGUGCUUCUCAACUGCCUGAUGUACAAGAUGUGCUACUACCGCUUUGGACAGGUCUACACAGAGGGCAAAAGACCACCUGGCUACGACAGAGUGAGGAAUGCUGAGAUUGGUAACAAAGACUUUGAACUGGAUGUGUUGGAGGAGGCCUACACAACAGAGCACUGGCUGGUCAGGAUAUACAAGGUGAAAGAUCUUGACAACCGCGGUCUUUCAAGGACAUAAAAUCUUCAGAUGGCCAAGAGAAUACCUUUGAGUGCAUGGCACUGAACACUUUCCAUGCAGUCUGCAAGAAUACCUUUUUUUGGUUGGUUUUUUAUCUUUUGGGGUAGACAAAUGCCUAAUGGAUGUCUUUUUCUCUCUCACCAGGAGGCAUAAUUUGCUAAUGUGUAGGGGAAAGCACUGUUCAAUUAUAUGCUUUUGGAGACUGUGUUUUAUUUUUUUGCCACAAAAUACUCUAAAUAAAAAGCUGGUAAAUCUGGGAGGAACUUAUGUUUACUGUGUUCAAAAGCCUUGAAGUUGAGUCAUGCUAUCUGGACUUGAAAUUUUAAACACCUUCAAGAUGACUUCAUUUGGAUAAAUCAAUCUACUGUGAGGUGCCGAAUGUACAAAUUCACUUUAUCAAAAUAAAAGACAAUUUUUACCACA